GAGAGAGAGAGAGAGAGAGAGAGAGAGAGAGAGAGCGGGGAGGGUGAGGGUGAGAGUGAGAGAAGAAGGGAUGGAGAUGGAUGAUAGAUGCUUAUGUAGCGCGUCCCGCUCGUUUGCCGUUAUGCUCGGCCGAAGACAAACUUCCAUCCUCUCUUGACUUUCUUUCUUCCCCCCCGCCGCUCCACCCAUGAAGCAGGACGCAAGGCGAAUGCGUGGAAGUGUUCCGGAGCGCGUCGUGAUCGCUUCUUUAUCCGUCUGAUAAAUGGUUUUGGAGCUCGCCGCGCCCGCCGGUGCAGGCCCUGCGCUCCAGCGCUGCAUCCCGCACAUCCAGCGGGUUUUCCGAGUCAGAGUGACCUGCAGCACAGCCGAGUCCAGCUGCGACAGCCCCGAAGCCGGCUCCGGUAUCAUCGUAAACAUCGAGGACGGCAAAGAAGAAGAUUGCACUAAAGCUAAAGAGUACAUUGUGUCCCUAAUCAGUCCUGUACACAAGCACAGAGAGCGACUGACACUGUGGCUUCAGCGACGUCUACAUGCCCUGCGUGCAGCUAUUGAGUAUGAGAGUUGCGCCGUGGUGCAGGUGAGGGACCAUGCGCUGGAGCUUCAGGGAGGUCAUGCGCAGGUAACAGCUGCAUGCGCUAUGCUGCAGCGCCUCAAGAUGGAGCAUCACGGCUGCCGUGACCCCCAGCCCUCGCCUGCCACUGCCGGCCAUGACACUCCAGAAGAGGAGGAAGAAGAAGCUGGAGAACAGGGAAGCAGUUCGGAGAGCGAAGGAGAAGCACGACUGCAGAGUGGGGGUUCAGGAGGUGUCAGCACAGCAUUGCCAGGAGAUGGGGCAACAGGAAGGAGACGAGAGCCACUCAUAGCAACCAAACCUCACCGGCAGCUAUGUCGAUCACCUUGUUUGGAUCGGCCCAGCUUCAGCCAAAGCAGCACCUUGCAGGAGUUACGUGUGGACGACACACGCAGCGAACCCUCGCAGAGAGCGCCGUCGCUCGCACCCCCCACAACUGGAGCCCAGCCGUCCUUACGACAAACCAGCGAUCGAGACUACCAAACCAAAAUGGACUUUGCUUUAAAACUGGGUUACUCUGGAGAGCAGGUAGAAUCUGUGUUGAGUAAACUGGGACCCAGUGCGUUAAUCAAUGAUGUGUUAGCUGAGCUGGUGCGGCUGGGGAAUAAAGGAGAACCGGAGAGCCAGGGAGGAGUGGCCACUGCCAGUUUAGCACCGCGGGCAACGGGAGCCAAAGAAGCCGUAAGUCCUGAGGCAUCUCUGGAGGAGGACACACCAGACACGUAUGACAACCUCCGACCAAUCGUGAUUGAUGGAUCCAAUGUUGCCAUGAGCCAUGGAAACAAAGAGGUGUUCUCAUGCCUGGGCAUCCAACUGGCUGUUGAUUGGUUCCUGGAGAAGGGCCACAAAGACAUCACAGUCUUCGUCCCAGCAUGGCGGAAAGAACAGUCAAGACCUGACGCACCAAUUAAAGAUCAGGAGAUCCUACGGAGGCUGGAGAAGGAAAAGAUCCUCGUAUUCACUCCGUCUCGCAGAGUCCAGGGCCGAAGAGUGGUUUGCUAUGAUGACCGCUUCAUCGUUAAGCUAGCCUGCGAUUCAGAUGGAAUCAUUGUGUCCAAUGAUAACUACAGAGACCUGCAGAAUGAAAAACCGGAGUGGAAGAAAUUUAUAGAGGAACGACUCCUCAUGUACAGCUUCGUCAACGACAAGUUUAUGCCUCCUGAUGAUCCUCUAGGCAGACACGGUCCCAGUCUGGAGAAUUUUCUCCGUAAGAGACCAGUCGUUCCAGAACACAAGAAACAGCCGUGUCCUUAUGGUCAGUACAACAAAAGUAAAAAGUGCACAUACGGUCAUAAGUGCAAGUACUACCACCCAGAGAGAGCCAAUCAACCACAACGGUCCGUCGCAGACGAGCUUCGAGCCUUUGCCAAACUCUCUGCUGUAAAGACAAUGAGCGAGGGGGCACUUGCAAAAUGUGGCACCUCGGGUGCUUCGUCCAAGGGGGACAGUUCGGAAGCAAAGCGAGUGGCGCCCAAGCGCCAGUCUGACCCCAGCAUCCGGUCAGUAGCAUGCGAACAGGAGGAGAGACUCUGCCCUGCGCGGAAGGCCGAGGCAAGUUCUGUACCAUCUCUGGUCUCAGCGCUUAGCGUUCCAACCAUGCCCUUAACGAAAAGUCAUGCGGCCGGAGCUCUGAACACGCGCUCGGCCAGCAGCCCCGUUCCAGGGUCCAUGCACUUUACCCACAGCUCACUUGAACAUGCGGGCAGUGUGCAGUAUCCUCCCAUCCUGGUCACCAACAGCCAUGGCACCUCCAUGGCAUACGGCGAGCCGUUCCCCAAGUAUGACUCUGUGGUAAGUGACCACGGCUACUAUUCCAUGGUCAGUGACUUUUCUACCAUCAGCCUCCAAGACAGUUUCUGCAGCCUAGAGCAGCCAGAACCUGUAGGGGUGGGCGGAGGAGGAGGUUAUCCUGGCAGAGCGCCCAGCAUGUGCCCUGAGCCUGGCCGAAGCCAUUCGUCAGAUUCCUUCUCGUCUUACAGUGGAGAGAUGUACCUCAGCUCAAUGGAGGGAAGCCUGGAUGACAGCCUGAAAGGGCCACCUGCGCAGACGCUACCUUCGGCGCAAACACGCCUUCAAGCCUUCGCUCACGGUUUCCACCAUGAGUCCUUGACACGUGUGCAGAGCUACAGUACAGAUGAACCCAAACCAGGACCUCGCAAACAGACUUCAGCUCACUUGGUACCCCACUCCCAGCAUCCAGUUGUCGGAGCCCGAUCCAGCUGCCCGGGCGACUACCCUCUUCUGUCUCAUAACAUGUUGCCUUCCACCAGCCCUGCACAACAGGGACGCUCUCUAGGCAUGACUCGUAUGGACAGCAUCUCCGAUUCGCGACUCUACGAGAGCAACCCUCUGCGGCAACGCAGACCACCGCUUUGCAGGGAGCAGCAUGCUAGCUGGGACCCUCUGCCAUGCGGAAACGAACCCUAUGGUUACGGAGGCUAUGGGUUAACAGGAGGCCUUAUGCCUUGCUGCGAGAGGGUGAUGGUCCGCAGCAUGCCAGAGAAGAUGGAACAGAUAUGGAGGUCCCCAUGGGAUAGCUUGCCACUUUCAAUGCCCGCCACUCGUGGGCCGGUGGGGGAGCCCCAAGAGCGGCACCCUAUUCCAGAACACCAGUAUCAAACGUACCGAAAUCUCUGUAACAUCUUCCCUGCAUAUGUGGUCCAUUCAGUCAUGGAGAAGAACCCUCACAUGACCGAUCCCCAGCAGCUGGCUGCCGUCAUAGUCACAAAAUUACGUUCUUGCCACUAAGCACAUCGUGAAUGGCUGCUAACAAAAACACACAAUAUACUAGCUUGAUGAAUGAGAAAUGCUUGAAUGCCACGAGUAUUUUGUUUGAGGACAGAACAACAAGACAAUAUUUAAAGUAGUAGUUCACCCAAAAAUGAAAAUGUUGUCAUCAUUUAUUCAGCAUUUUUUUAAUGUGAUUACAAUGCAUGAGGACUGAGGUUUUCAAGUUUCUAAAUAAAUGCCAACCCUUCUGGUACUUUAUAUGGUACUUUUAUUGUGCUUUUGUGUAUUGUUUGAAGCUGAUAAACCUCCAUACCUAUUGCACUGCAAUUGCAAAAAAUAUGUCGAGUACAGGAGACCGAGACGGUCAUAAAGGUUUGGAACAGCAUGAGUAAAUGAUGACAGAAUUUUCAUUUUACGCAAAGUAAACCAUUCCUUUAAAUAUGUUUGCUUUCAGAUUAGCAAAUAUUCUGAGCAAAUUGGCCAGCAUGAUAGCAUUGAUGCUGCAUUGGUUGUAAUCUCAUUUGUUAAGCCAUAUAAGAGCCGGAAUCUUGUAUGAAAACAUAAUUUGUCACAGAAGAGUGAAAUCUGUCGACAAGGCCUUGGCAACCUUGAUAGGAGUGGCAAAAAAUGUUGCUAAAGUUGGCCAUUGAAAACCUUGCAUAAAUUCACCGAAAAGACUCGGAAUCGACAAAGCAGUGCUGCUCGCAAAUUAGAUGGCAAAUGUUGAGAAUGUGUUAUUUUGUAGGUGACGAUAACAUUUAUCCUUUGAAAAGGAGUUAAAUGAGAGCAAUCUCUUUGGUAAACUGAUCAGAGAUGAUCCUGCACAAUAUGAACAGUAUUGUGUGUAUAUGUGUAUUCACUUGCAUUUGCGUGUAAAUAUGAUGUGACACUUUAUUUUGUGUGCGCGCGUGAUGACCUGUGCGAUUUCAGAAAGAUGAGAAUGCAUGAACUUUGAACUUUUAUGGCCUUACAUUGGAGUGACCUCACCACAUACAGUAUAUUAAUGUGAAUCGUACUUAAUAGUGGAGGUCGCUGUUUUGCAUUUAUUUUAUAAAAGUGAGUUUCUGGGCUCACUAACAAAACCGGGAGAGGAAGGUUUAGAUGCAGCAGUUUGGUAGUUUAGUUUCAACCUUUUAAUUAGCUGGACUUGUAACUGCAAGGGGUCAAACCUGCUCAUUGUAAUGCGUGACGUCUGUUCGCUUUCAGUGUAUUUUAUGAAAAAGAUGGAGCCAUUUUAGGAUCUGACAAUGAGCCAAAAAGAUAAUCAGUGUAGGUUAUCCUGAUCAAGAUCUGUUUAGACAGCACUAGGUAGUACCUAGUUGGAGUUAUUUGUUUGUAUUUGUUUUAGAUGUUAUGUAGAAUAAAGACAGUUUUAGGAGAGCUAUGCGGAAGCUUAGUAAGCAUGGGCUUUGGUAUAUCCCAGACAGCAUGUUAGCACUGUGCUUGACAGAGAGCACCACUUAUGUUUGGCUCAUGAGUCAAUAACUUUGUGCCAGUUUUCACGAACUGGGGAAAAGAACGAGUCUCUUUGGCAAAAUGCUCAUGCGCAGCAUCUAUUUCCUGAUUGGUGCCGAGUGACCACCCCUUUUCAUCUGUUCCGCCCUGUAUAUUAGCAUAUCUUGAAGAGUGUAAAUGUUAUUGGUCCAGAGAUGUUCUGGGUGUUUAGAAAAAAACUUUAAAAAUUGCUCCUUCAUUUUUUUCACGAGCACAAGAAUGGCCCCAUGGGGUCCUGUUAUUGCUCGUGGGAAGGUGUGACACACUGCCUAUCUGUCUCUUCCUGUGCGACACACACACGGAACACCAGGCUGUUGUUGGGUUGUUUCUGACAUUUGGCUGACAGUUUGCUUGCUGCCUCCCCACCUCCUUUCUACCCCAGACACAAAACUCAAACUCUUAGCUAAUUUAAACACCAGUGGUAGCACCAAUGGUUUCGUCAAACCGAUGAUUUAACUUUUUUAUUAUGAUCGUCUUGUUUAGCAUAACUUUUGUAAAGUAAUAUUUAAUUUAAUUGACCUUUAGUUAAAACAUUCUUUACGCAAGCACCAAAUUCAGAUGAGAAUAAGCAAAACGCGUGGGCCCGUAAGGCAACACUGAGAAUGGAAUUUGUGCUUGUGUUUUGGUUGUGAUAUAUUUCAUACGCAUGAAAACAAUUGUGUAUGUUUCUUUAGAAUUGGGUCUCUCCUCUUUCCUUUCUCUGAACUUGGAAGCAAAAAAUUAAGGAGAUAUUUCUAGAAAUGUUUUCCCAAGUCUUUUCUGUCUUAUGCUUCUAGGUUCCGACCCUCCUUACACGCAUUUGCGCAGCAAGCAACAACACAUCAAAUGUCCAGAAACGACCUUUUGCUUGUUGAUACAAAUUGUAUCUAUUUCUUGAUUGUAAAAAUAUAUUUCUGAGCUGUACAGUAUCACUUAUGAGUAUAUAUAUCUAUAUAUAUUUAAAAAAAGCUUAGUUUUGUUUAAAAAAAAGGAUAAAGAAAUAUAAUGCCAUAAUGUCAGUGAUACCGUGUGUCACUUGAGUAGCCCAUAGAGAUGGCUUAUUUCCUGCCGGGCAGACCACUACAGACAGGGAUCUCUCGUUCAUUUCUUUCUCUGAUUUCUCAUCUACUUUCCCACGCCACAGUAAGUAAUGUGCAACACUACAAAUGCAGAUUACAAGCAUCUGUAGAUUAUUUGGUAGAUUUUCUGUAGAUUAAUGUUAAUCUCCGUGGAGCUGAACUUCCUUUCUGUUUCAUUGAAGGAUGUGGGGGGGGGGGCGUGACUUUAUAUAUCAUAAUUUACUCCACCUCUGUUCUGUCUCUGUUAAAGGUAUAGAUACAGGAGAGACACGUUCUGAUGUUAUGAGUGUGCUCCUAAUAUAUUUUUCUCUUUGUAAAUAUUAAAACUUAACGUCAAACCUCUUGUAUUUGCACAGUAGUAGUGCAUUUCACAUACACGAAGACUCAUCCGAGCAGGACUUUCUCGCAUACUCUCACUAAGACUUGGUUGGUUUGCCUUGACAACCACAGUCGGCAUAGGCGAUCAAAUGCUAUCAUUAGAUAACUAAUGUAAAAAAUAUUGACUAUUGUGUGUGUACUAGUGUGAAUUUAUGGUAAAUUCACAAAUGUUUCACCUGUAACAUAGUAUACCUGCUACAGUCAGAGCCGUUCCAGAUUAAAAAUUUGAAACUUUAGUUUGAUGGAAUCUGCACAGUUUUGUUAAAGUAUUUAGCAAAUAGGCAUGUUUGAUCAACUGAAGUUGACUGCGCACGCGUGCACACAUUAUCUCACAAGUAACGUGAGCUUUAGCAGAAUCUUGUACGGAAAGGUGUCCACAAAAACACAUCCAACAUACACACGUUGUACAUGCCUUACAGUUGUACUACUUUUGGUUUGUGAGAAUUGAGCAUAUACUGUACAGCACUGCAAACUGCGCUAAUUGCUUCUUUUCUAUCAAAAUGCUAAUGAUGGCUACCUGAUUUUAAAUUUGAUAAGCUAGCACGGUCUGCUGGUUUUCAGUGAAGUUUCUUUAGGACGUCCAGGAAAAAGUACUCGCAGGGCAAAUGCGCAAAGGACAAUUAACAAUCCUGAAUGGAAACAACUUGAUUUCUUUGCAUAGUCUGAAAGUGAACAGAAGAGAUGGUUUCUUUUGUCGCCGGUUACAGAGCUGAUGUAAUCUGUGCAUUUAAAUGUAUGUUUUCAAUAUUGAAUACACCAGCUAUAACACGCUCACACAAACACUCUCACCAACAGAUUGAUUCUCAGGAACUAACAAAUGUAUUAUCAUUUCAGAUCCUUUCUGAAAGACAGUAUCCUUGAUGUUUGCUCUUAUAAAAUGCUAAAUGCGGCGAUUUGUGAAGUAGUGUGGAUGAUCUUGAAAAUGUGUUCAUAAAUUCAAGUUUUGCUGUUCAUUUCACAUUUCCCCCUUGUAUCGUGGGUUUUUUGCGCAGGUUGACCGAGUGGUCUUAACACUUUUGAGUCUCGUGCUGUGAUGACAAACAAUAGUAUGUUUUACUCUCUACUGAAUGAAACAUGUUGCUUAUAAACUUGUUUUAAAUAUGACAAAAACAUGAACCAAAAAAGAAAGAAAAAGGGAAGUGAAAAGGGUGGAAAUACUUUAUAAUGCUUUGGGUCUCUGGGCUCAAACAAAAUGUAAGUCUCAAUGACAAAAGGUGUUUGUUCCUCUAAAUAAAGCCAGACUCUAUUUGGUUAACUGUUAUGCCUGUGUUUCUAUGUGUU